AUGAAGACCGUUGACCAGCAAAACGUUUUGUUGGACACCUUUAACCUGGUGAGAGGCCCCCGUCUGGGGCGUGGCGGCUCAGGAGAGGUUGUUUUGGCCUCGGCCAAACACGAUCCGUCUCUCAAAGUGGCCGUAAAGAUGGUUUCUUUGAAAAGAAAGUCAGGGGAAACAGAUUUUUUCAAUGAAGUUUCCUUCCUUCGGGAACUACGCCACCCUCACAUCCUAAAGAUGAUAGCCUUUGCCUGCGUUCCUCAACAUGGCUUCAUUUUGAUGACGUACUAUCAGAACGGGACACUUAGCAGUUUGAUAUGGUCAGAACCUCUGAAAGGACGACGGAUGCUAGGACACGUCCUUGAUGUGACCUGCGCAUUGGAGUAUCUCCACAACCGCUACAUCUACCACCAAGACGUGAAACCGUUGAACAUUUUGUUGGACAAUCAGGAUCGUGCCAUUCUCGGAGACUUCGGACACGCCAAACAAGCAAGAGACAGUUCCGCCAAAGUGAGGGAGUGGGUGUCUACACCGGGCUUUUACGGCCCCGAGACGAGGAAAGGUCGGCCCAUGUGUCCUUUCAAGCUCGACAUGUACAGCUUGGGAGUGACCAUGUGGCUGCUCGUGUACAGAACCCAUACAAUCCACCCAGACCCGCUGGCUGCCAAGGACUACUGUAGAAAGGUCAGGGAACCCUAUCGGAGGAUCCUCCUCCAGCUGUUACACAAGGACCCCAACCAACGCUGGAGGGCCGCGGAUUUGAUGAGGUUCAGCGUAUGGAACUCUCUCCGCGCACCCUCACAGCUGACCACCCGCUAG